AUGUCUGACGAAACAAUGUCCCCCGACGAGUCGUGCACCGUCGACACGUGCAGCCUCGAGUUCUCGUACUCGUCCUACCGGCCGACCUUCCUGGGCAACCUGGUGUACGCGAUCGUGUUCGCCAUCUGCCUCGUGGCGCAGCUGGUGUACGGGUUCAGGCACCGCACGUGGGGGUUCACGGCGGCCUUCUUCUGCGGGCUGCUGCUCGAGAUCCUGGGCUACGUCGGCCGCGUGCUCAUGUACUACAACCCCUUCAAGCAGGCCAACUUCAUGCUGUACCUCGUGCCCCUGACCAUCGCGCCCGCCUUCAUGAGCGCCGGCAUCUACCUGUGCCUGGCGCGCGUCGUCGUGCUCUAUGCCAGCGAGGGCGUCGACAUCAGCCGCCUCAAGCCCCGCACCUACACACUCAUCUUUGUGGCCUGCGACUUCAUCAGCUUGCUCCUCCAGGCCGCGGGCGGCGCCAUGGCGUCCAUGGCGGACACAAAAGCAUCAGAGGACGCCGGCAUCCAUAUCAUGGUUGCCGGCCUCGCGUUCCAGGUUGCCAGCAUGGCACUGUUCGUGGGCCUGGCUGCAGAGGUCGGCUUCCGCAUCGUCAAGUCGCACAAGACCAAGGUCAACGAGGUGACGGGGUCGACGCUGUUCAAGCGGUUCCUAAUUGCCGUCGUUGUCGCCACCGUGUGCAUCUUCAUCCGCUGCGUGUUCCGCGUCGCCGAGCUGAGCGAGGGCUUCAACGGCAAGCUCGCCAACCAGCAGGAGUCGUUCAUGGUCCUCGAAGGCCUCAUGAUGGCCCUCGCCGCCAUCGCCCUCGCUGUCUACAACCCCGGCCGCAGCUUCCAGGGCAAGUGGGCGGCCGUCAACUACUCCUUCUGGAGGAGCAGCACCUCCGCGUCAGAGUCUGAGGCCGAUGCCAAAGCCUAG